CGCGCGCGGGCGAGACAGAGGUGUCCCUAGGGACGGCGGGGGCCGGGCACCCGCAGCCGCCUCCCUCUCUCUCCCCACGCUAACUCUCCGGGCGCCCUCGCCCGCCGCGGGCGGAGCUCGAUCGGCGGCGCUCCAGGAUCCCGGCUCCCGCCCUGCCCUGUCCCUUCCUCCUCGGAGCCCCCCAGCGGCCGACGCGGUGCAGCCCGGCACGGCGCGAGCAGCUGCCAAGGGGCCAAGGGAUGAGCUGGGGUCGUUCUUCCCAAUGGCAUCUCCCCCUGGUCUGGAACUGAAGACAUUGAGCAAUGGUCCCCAGGUUCCAAGGAGACCAGCCCCACUGGGCCCAGUGGCGCCAACCAGGAUGGGUGUGGAGAAUGCCUGCUUCUUCUCUGAGGAGCAUGAGACUCGUUUCCAGAACCCUGGGGAUGCCAGACUGGGUAGCUCUCCCAGUCCUCCUGGAGGUGUCCCCUCACUGACCCGGUCCCAGCGGGAUGAUCUUUCUCUGCAUUCAGAGGAGGGGCCGGGCCUGGAACCUGUGAGCCGCCCAGUCGACUAUGGCUUUGUUUCUGCUCUGGUUUUCUUGGUGAGCGGAAUCCUCCUGGUGGUAACAGCAUAUGCCAUCCCUCGAGAGGCCCGAGUCAACCCUGACACAGUGACAGCAAGGGAGAUGGAACGCCUAGAGAUGUACUAUGCCCGCUUGGGCUCGCAUCUGGACAAGUGCAUCAUCGCGGGCCUGGGGCUGCUCACAGUGGGUGGCAUGCUCCUGUCCGUGCUGCUUAUGGUCUCUCUGUGCAAGGGCGAGCUGUACCGCAGGCAGACCUUCGUCCCUGGCAGGGGAACAAGGAAGACCUACGGCUCCAUCAACCUGCGUAUGCGGCAGCUCGCUGGGGAUGGGGGCCAGGUCCUAGUGGAGAACGAGGUUGUCCAAGUCUCAGAGACCAGCUAUACCACACAGGGCUCUUAAGUAAGAGUCCACCCUAUCUUGCUGCUUUAGCUGCAGAGCUUGGAGGUUCCCCAAAACCUGGGGCUUCAAAGUGAGAUCCACAGAGGGUCCUGUGGAGGGAGUUUUGGUGCUGGUGUGGGGGCAGCCAGGAUUCUGGCUUAGGCCCUACUAAGGCAAGCACUCCUAAUGUGUUUUGCAGCUUGAAGUUUUUGCAUAAGGCUUUGUUUGGAGGAUGGCUUCUGCUGCUAAAAAUACAUUUUUGGAAACCACUGCUCUUAGAAGAUGAGGUUGCUUGGCAUUUCUCAGGGUUGGGAGUCAUGUGAAAGGUUGCCUUCAUUCUUCAUGCCUUGGGGAAUUCUGAGACCUCUACUAUCUUCAUUAGCCAAGUAAGAGGGUUGGGAGACCAUCUGGGGUAGAGUGUGGUUUCAUGAUGAUGGGAGAAGUCGGUUCUGAGGUGAGCCCCCUGCAGCACCCUACUGACUGAACCAUAACCCUCCCCUCUCCAGACCUCGGUUGCCCAGUCUCUAACGUGAGGAGCAGGACUGGGUGCCCUACCAUGGGCCACAUCUUCCCUGGGAAUAGGAAGCCAGUCUGCCUCUGGCCAACCUUCAAGGAGGGAUGGGGGUGUUUGGCAGGGACUGACCAUUGUCACUGCCACCUUCUGGCCCCGCAUUGGUGACUACCACUGCCAGGAGCCAGUGGUUCUAUGGCCUUGCUACAGAGCCCGGGUGAGUGGGUUUAGUUCAAUCCAAAAUUUGACACAGUGUGAAUUGGUCUUGGAAUUUGAUUUCCUACGGUGGCUAAUUUUCUGCAGUGGCACAUUUACAAAGCACAGUUUCUCCUGGGCACCUAGGUGUGAGGACUUGGUUGUAUUUCUGUGGGCAUGUUGGGGGCUUAUCACCUCAGUGGGCUGUUACUUAGGCCUGAUCUCAUCCUGGUAGCAGAAACAAUUUUCUUUAAUGCUGAAUUUGUAAUGUCUGCUUUUCCUUUUUAGUAAAGUUCAGUUGCCAAUCAUCUGGGGAGAAAUAAGGCACACUUAAGUGACCUGGAUACUCCAACCACAUGGACUGCUGUUUGCAUUUUUCCUUCAGUGAAAUAUUUCCAGGGCCCCUCCAAACUGUUUAAUCUUCUGACAAUGGAAGUAGGCGUUAGGGGGCAAAGGGAUGGUGGCAGACAUUUGGGGAGCAUUGUCCAGUCCAGAAAGCCCCAGCAGACCUCCAGAGCACAUACUGUCUAGGCUAUGGGAAGACUCUAAAAGGGUCAUUUCCAUGAGCCCUUGCUCCAAGCAAGUCCCUUGUCCUCCAUCCUAGCUGCCUGCAUAAGCUGAGAGCCUAGCUGUUGGUGGGGGGUGGUCAGAACAUGGGGUGGCAAAGGUCUGUGGGCUGGAGAGGUCCUGACUAUGUGGAACAUGAACCUUCAGCCCAGGCAGCUUGAACAUCUGGGCAGUAUAAUAUCACAGCUUCUGAGACAGAUCAAAUGUCUGCUCAUGUUGGCAGUUUUUGCCUGGAGCAGAGGGCUGAGUGGAGGAGGGAUGACAAAAUUGUGCAGCUUGGCUUCAGAGGUUCUGCUCUGGUGCCUAGAGGGUGUGGCUUAGAAAGGACAAAGCUCAAGAGAGCAAAAUGUCCCAAUCCCAGGACUUCUGUAGACAUGUCAGUUUUCCCCUGCUGAAGCAGGGAAAUGCUGGACAAAAUGACAGGAAGCAUGCUAGAUGAAUUAUAGUAAGAUGGGACAUUGCCAGUGAUGGGCCCCAGCUUCCCAAAUCCAUGAUGAUAAUAAAUGUAUUGAUCCAAGCAGUAUGGAUUCCUGUGGCAGUAGAAGGGGGGGGCAUGUUAGGCUACAGUGCUUACUGAGAGUAUCUGCCUGGAGCUGUCCAUUCAGAUCAGCUUAAACACAAUGAAAUGUUUUUAGGGGCUAAAUCUGCUAGAAAAUAAAGGAAUGGCAGGUUGUUGGUUUUUUUUCCCCCAAGCCAGAGGAACCUGCUUUACAUUCCGAUGGGGAAACUCCUUUAGAAACCACAUGUAAAUGGAUCAAGGCAGUCAUUACCUUGUCAGUGAAUUAAGACGAUUUGAGAGAUGCCGAAAGCAUUUCCCCAAGAUGCAGCUGAGAUCUCCCAGCCGGAGGACCCAGGUUUAGGAGGGAGUCGGGGAGGCGUGAGGAGCGCUGUGGGUUUCUUUGGGAUUAGAUGUAGAGUUGUCCCUGAUGUUGCUGGAACAUGCCUCCCUGACUUCUAGGAACUGUCUCUGCCAUCCCACAGACCACUAGGCCCCCAGAUCUUGCUCUCCUCACUGUAUUUAACAGACAGCGAUUUCAGAACUGGUAAGAUCAGGGUUUGAAUGAGUUCUGCCACUUACUGGCUCUGUGACCUUGGACGAGCUACGCCACCUCCCUGUGUAAGUGGGCCAACUAGGCCAUACCGCACUCCUAGGGUGAGAAACAUGGUUGGCGUACGUAAGUUUCAUGUUUGAAUGAAAGGGUGAAACAAAAAAUUCUAUUCCUGUUAGGGCAAGUGGUGCCCUCUCCAAGGUCCUGGAGUCCCACAGCCCCUGCCCAGCUCCCCAGAGCCCUUGCUGUGGUCAGAAUCAGUGACAUAGAAGAUCCCAUGACUAGAAGUGUGGUGGCUUGUCAGUGGGCUCUGCACCUGGGACUUCCUCUCUGGGCCUUCGUUUAACUUUGUUUCAGGGAUUUCCCUGAUGAAGAAAGGUCCUCUUCCCAGUCCCGGCAUGGCAUAGCCCAGUGAUAAUUGGAUCCAUGAGACACUUGUAGGGGGAGAGGAAUCUGUGACCCCUGACUCCUCUUUGCGCAUCUGAGGCCCUGGGGUGUCUAGGCCCAGGCAUUUGGGACCGUGCCCCGUCAUCACCUCCACUUCCUCGAAGGUACCCUCUGGGUCUCCCAGCCAUCAGGGGUUGCUGGCUGAUUCCACCACCACUGCUCCUUUUCUUGGGAGCAGUUCACCUUCCUAGGGAUUCUCUUCCAAAGGUCCUCCUCCCUACAUACACAGUUCUGUGCACGAGCACACACACACACACACACACACACACACACACACACACACACACACGAUGCACGCUGUCUCUACUUCUGCAGCUUUCUCAUCUGACCUUGCUCAGGAGCCAAGGACUCAGCUUCUGGCUGCAGAGCUCUAAGCCAGGGCAUCCUCUGGAAGCUGGUGAUGGUUUUCUCCUCUGUCUACCACAGACGUGUGGUUUUAAUCUUGCCAUCCUCCCCAGCAACAGCCCAGUGUCCCCUCCAUAGUCCCUCUUGUUUCCUUUCUUGGGAAAGGAGGAGAGUUCUGGGGGAUUCCAGAACGCUGGCACUUGGGGAGGGGCCUGAGCUGGGAACUGGGAGAGCCAUGUCAUGCUGGUUACCACUUGGCUGUGGGUGACAUCAAGCAGAAGGCAGGACAAGAAUGUGGGAGGCUUCAAGAAGCCAGAGGCGAAGUUCUGUUAGGGGAGAGUGGGAUGUUAGUGGUAUGGACAUCGGUGGGAAGAUGUCUCCCAUUCAGUUUGUUGGUUUCCUCCCUAAAUUCCCCAGGGUUAGAUUCAUCUGGGAGAGAAGGUUGCUGGGGUCUUGGAUGAACUGGAGUCAUAGAGAGUGCCCGUCAGUGGAGGUAUGUUAGCAUUUACUUGCCAGGAGUUAGGUAUCUUCAGAGAUGGAGCACAGUGGGUUAGCUGGAUUUACCUGAGGCUCCUCCGAGCUUCCAAAUUGUUCAUUUGAGGAGAACCGAAGUCUUUAGGGACAGAGCCUGUUGUUUUGUCCUGCUCUAGCUUCUUGUCCUUGAGCCCCUGUGCAUCCUCUUACCUACAUACAUUCCUCUUCCUCAACUGGUUUGCCCCAAGCAGAUGGACAGCAAUAGGACACCUGCAUGGUGCGGAGGGUGGCACACAGUGCUGGAGCAUUGCCUGUACAUGAAUCUCAGAGGGAAAAGAGGCAGAACCCCGAGGGUCCAUGGAGACUGAUUGAUCACACAGUGUAAGGGAUGGCUGCUCAGGUGCUUGGCAAUGGCUCACUGCCUCCUGGCCUGUUUCUUCUGAAAAGCAGCUGUGCUAGAUGCAACGACUUCCCUGUAAGACCGCAGUGAGGGGUAAAUAUGUCUUUAAAGCACUUAGCACAGUGCCCUGCGUUUCCUAAUUGCUCAGUAAACAGCUAUUCAUGUUCUCUAGUUCAUCCAUGGUAUCCUUCUAUGGUUCGAUGAAUAAACACAGUCCUGGCUGGGCUGCACUUAGGCUGUCUUGUGCAGGAUGGUGUGACUGUGCUGUGCUCCAGGGGCGGGGGAGGAGACAGAGACAGAGACAGGAGGACCUGUGUGAGUUGGGGGUUAGGAAGGUUCUUUUGGAUAGGGGGUGCCUAAUGAGAAUCUUAACUAGAAAGUAUUGAUGUGGAGAAUUGACGGAAGGGUUCUGGGCAGAAAGACGUGAUCAGAGGUUCAGAGGCCUCAGCAGCUGCUGAGAUGAGGUGGACAGGCGGUACGGAGGUGACUGAGGAAUGUGCAGUGGGACCCCCGGUGGGUGCUUGGGCUUCAUCAUCUGGAGAAGGCGGACGGGCAGGAUACUGUGGGAAGGCUGUAAGGCAUGAGUGUGGCGCUGUGGUGACAGGGCCUGUCCUCCCUCCACUUGCCAGUUUGUGUGGAAGGAAGACUCUUUUGUGUCAGAUGCCCUGUGGGGGCAAUACUGUAGCACCCCGUGAGCCUCUUUUAGGGCUCUUACUACAGCCAGGGGGACAUGGUCUUGACUCCAUGCCUCAACUUGGCAGCCCUUUCCUGUUUGACUUCUGAGCCUCCAAGGUCAGGUGGCGGCUGCUGGUCUCCUGGGCUUAAGGAAAAGUAGCAAGUGAAAAGAGACUCACUAAUCAGAUCUGGCCCAGGGGAACAAGGACAGGGAAAGAAGGCAGCUGCCAUGCCAACCUCUUCCUGGGAGGUGUGGCAUCUGGGUCAGUACUGACUCCAGGGCCAGUGACAUUCAGCGAAACCCAUCUCCUCUUCUUUCCUCUUCUUUCCUGCUAGGCUCCUUUGUGUACCCACACCUUCCCUCAUUGAAGCUACUCCUGGGUGAGCUGUGCCACCAUUGCUGACACCCUCCCAGUAGCCCCUAUUCUUGCCACCAGACAUUAAAGCGGGAGCCCAAAUGCAAAUGUCUGCAGUUUUGCAGGUAAUAUCAAUGAGCAGAGUAGCUGGCCAUGGCAGUGGUGGCAAGAUUAAAGGGAGUGUCUGCUCUGGCCUUGGCCAUCUGUGUCUUUGUGGCCAUCAGAAUCUCAAAUUUUUCAAUUGCUGCUGGACAGCUGGACUUUGUGGGUAGGAGGAUGUGGCAAGGUGAGAAUUGUGACUGAGGUCAAGGGAAUGUCAAUAAGAUGUCGUCUUCUGGGGCCAGGGAUGCACAACUCCUUUCCCUGAGGCUUAUUAAAUCAUUCAUAGAGAUAGGUGCCUUUGAAACGGUGGGCACUUCUGAACUGCAGGCCAGGGACCACUUGAUGGUGCCCACCCAAGCAUCCUCAUUCAUCCUUUCGCAGAGGUUUGAGUAGCUGCCAUGUCCCGUUUUAGUUUUAGCGUUGAAGAGUUAAAAACCCAAGGAGUACUGACAGAGGCACCUGUGCUGGUUUGAAGGGAUGGGGGUGUCAGGGAUCAGGAAGGAGGGCAGGCCCUCUCCUCUCGGAGAUGUCUGCCUACCUCCAGAAAUGGGCUAUACUGGCUUGGAGAGCAGUCAAACUUAAUGUAGACCGAGAUCUCAGCGCCACGAGGCUGGGUGCUGACCAGGGUGCUGAAUUGACAUGGUGCUUCCUAACAGGCUAGCUGAGUGAGGAGGAAGGAGAGCUGAUGUGUUCCUGUUACUAAGGACUCCAUGACUGUUUUGGUCCACACUGAGCAGGGAAGCCUGGGAUAUGAAGACAGAAUUUCUGUGGUCUGUGAGGCCCUGGGGGAAAUCUUUCUCAUACAUCUACUGUGGAUUUGCUUUUUCAUUUGUUUAGUACAGAGUAGCUUCCAUCCUACCAACCCCCGAGGGCCAAUGUGAGUAGCAGCUGGGGCCAUGUGGCAAGGCCCAGCACAGAGCGCAAGCCAGCCUCGGGGUCCAGAGGAGCCCUUAACUCACCCUCAGAGGGGCUUACUGGGCCUGUCUCUUGCAGAGUGAAGGUGGUACCACGUGGUAUCAGAAGGGUCUAACCUGAGUGCUGCUGGUGCAGUAGCUGUUAAGUGCUCAGGAUCAUGAACACCCAGCCAACAGGCCCAGCUUCAGAGCUGUGCCCAUCCCUGGGUGUGUCCAGCAUCUUGACUAACGCCCUCAAUCUUCACCUCAGCUUGUAGCAAGCAGAGUCUGGGAUAAGAAGCUGUGCAUACUGUGGGUACCAGAUAAACCCUUGUCUCCUGCACUGGUUUGGCCCGGAGUUCCUCUCCUUUGUGAGCUCCAUUCUCACUUACCCAUAUGGCUUUGGUAAUGAUAGCUGCUGACACCCACUGGGCCCCCACUACCUUUAAUAAGACACAUUUAGUGGUAACUCUCCAGAAGUCUUGCAGGCGGGGGUAACACUCAUUUCGAAGACGAGGAAGGCUAUACCAGUAGUGUGCUGGAAUCAUCUCCACACUUGGUUUCUGUCAAACUACCAGACCUUUCUAAUCCUCUUUGGUUUAGAAAUGAGGCGGAGUGAUUAAUGAUCUGAGGAUUGUUAUCUCACAAAGGCAUCCAUAUAUUUAAAGACAUUUAUGAAAUAUGCUUGAAUGAGCCAUAGAGUUAGGGAAUGUAGUGGCUAUUAGGGGUACAACCUGGGAAAAUGCAAAUAUAAAUGCAUUAAUCAUGUAUGCCAUCCACCGAGACUGGCUGACUUUGGUCUUUGCUCCUGAUAUCCAGGUGAAGGUAAAGGGCUAGCUGUACAUGAGCAAAUUCAGUGUGCACAUGGGAUGUGGGGAACUUGUCAAAAGGCAAGUUCACUGGGGCUGAAGAGAUGGCUCAAUGGUUAAGAGCAGUGGCUGUUCUUCCAGAGGACCUGGUUCAAUUCCCAGCACCUGCAUGACAGCUCACAACUAUCAGAAACUCCAAUUCCAGGGGCUCUGAUGCCCUUUUUGGCCUGUGUGUGCACCAGACAUGCACCUAGUGCACAUGCAUACAUUCAGGCAAAACACCCAUCACAUAAAAAUAAUUAAAAUUCAAGUUCACAUAUAGUAAGUCUGAGGUGGGCCCUGAGAUUAUUCAUUUCUAACAAGACUCCAGGUAACAUUGCUGUUGGUGGUGCUGUGUAGAAAGACUGCCCUUUGCAGUUCUUCAACGUGCAUCACCUGUGAAUUACAAGUGGACUUGAAGGCCUUUCCUUAGAGCUGUGGAUUGGGGCCCACGAUGUACUGUAUACAUACAAGCAUUUCAGGAGAUGUAGGGGGUGGCAAGCAUGAGUGCAGUACCCAUCUACAUCAUGGGAGAUGGGACACAAUCACAGGAGGUUCAGCAGACCUUUUCCAAUGCACCUUCCAAUGACAGAGAUGGGCAAAGGGCAUAAGGGCAUUUCCGAGACCUCUUGCUGCUAGAGUCAGAGGUGAUACAGGUUCUCACAACCAGGUGUAGUCAGUCCACUGAGCCUUGAACUUGGAAUUGAGCUGAGUGGGCAUGAGGUGACAGAGCGAAAGGCAUUCACUUUCUUAUGCAGAUCUGGGCACCUGCUGUUUUAUAGUUCCUAUUUCUCAGACCAUGGUGACCAGCUGUCUGGCCCCUAGGUUAAGUGAGUAUUUACUGCACUGAACUUCCAGACUGGCCCCUCCUAUUCGGUUGUCCCUUUGAACCAUUACACUGUGACUUUCCCAGCACUUGCUUUAUGUAGCUCAUACCACUGACACCGUUCAGUGGUUACCCAUGGUCCUUUACUGUGAGUAGGAGAUGGGCCUUCCGCUUCCACAAGCACUGCCUUAGUGAGGUGCUCAGACUUCUGAUGUGUUCUAGGAUCCGUCCAGUGGCUAGGGCCUUGCUGGUCCUCACUGCUCAUACCCCUGUUCUCGGCCAUGCUUGCCUUUUGACCUGUUCUCAGGAGAAGACUCUGGGUCAAGCCCAGAUGAAGUGAUUUAGUGUCGCAUCCCAAGGGCAAAACAAGGCCUAGGCCUGGUGGCUAGGAUGCUGACCAUGAGCAUCUGUUCUAGAGGUGGACAGUGGUCAGUGAGCAACAAUUACUACUGACAGGUAAAGCUGGGAAUAUGCCUGGGGGACUGUCACUGGUGAUAGGACCUGUCUUUACUGGAAUUGCACCCAAGUGUACAAGAUCAGGUGAUAAGAGAAUAUGAAGUGAUCCAUGGAUUUGUUUCCGUCCUGUGAAGACAGCCAUGGAUCAAUGACAAAGUAUCAGCAAUGGCAGGGUAAGUCAUGAGGAAGCUGGUUUCUACAGGAAGACUGUACAGACUUGUUACCUGUUCUCCAGGCAUGUGUCAACAGGUACUAACUCUAGCCCAGGAAUGUAGCCCCAUUUAAUCCUUAAUACAUUCCUGGGGUCAGGGUCUUAGGAGACUCAUGCCUUAGACUGCAGGUUGGCUGAAGCUCAUGACUGAGGAGAUAAAUGCAAUGCAAAACAGCCAGCUCUAAGAAUAGAAAAGACAGCAAGCCAAGAAGAGAAGGUGGGAUGUGGGCCGGUGCAUCCUAGAAAUAGUAUGAGUGGUCUAUUUAGCACCCGAAGACAAUGAUUUAGAAGUAGACCUUGAUUCUAUUUGUAAGCCACUGGAUGAGCUAUGAAAUUUCAAACCCAGUGAAAAUGAUGCUCUGAAUCCUAUUAGAUGUCCAAAGGUUUCAGGAAUUUCCCCCAGAGAAAAGGCUACCAGGUAUCACAUCUAGUCCGGAACAUCCCCAAAGUCAAACCCAACUCCACGACUGGUCAUGGCCACUCCACAGUGGCCAUUAUCAAAGCCACAAGUCCUCCUCCUCAAAGGCAAGCUGCUCUGGUCUCUGCCCUGAAUGGUCUUGCUCAAAAUUUUCCAUUAAAAAAAAUAUAAAAUAGAGGACAACAAUACAAACAAGGUAUGACUUGACACCUCUAGUCUGGCCUCAAGCGUUUAGUGAGGAUGUGGAAAAAAAUGGAGCACCACUGGUAGUAUGAAGAGUGUGGCUGUUUUGGAAAACACUGGCAGUUCCUCAGAACGUUAAAAGUGCUAUCAUGGGACCCUGCAAAUCCAUCCUAGACAUAUUCAAUGACUUGAAAACAUCCGCCCACACAAAAAAAACUUGAACAUGAAUGUUAACAGCAUUCAACAUAACAAGCAAAAGGGAGAAACAAUCCAAGUAUCCAUCAGCUGAUAAAUGAGCAAAAUGUGAAGCCGCCAUACCGUGCUUAUCCAGCCACAGGAUAAAGUGCUGUUGCUGCAUUCACAGGGACAGUGAAAACAAGGUGUGGAAGAUGCCUGACACAAAGGCCAUACACUGAGUGAUUUCAUUUAUGAGAACUGUCCAGAAAGGCAGAUCUGUGGACAACUGACGGGGAUGCCUAGGCUGGGGGAGGGAAAUGAGAGUGAUUGCCAAUGGGGAUAGUUUUGUCUGUUUUGAGGAAUUAGAUCUGGGGGUGGAUGUACACACAGCACUGUGAAUACCCUACAACCCACUGAGUUGUGUACUUUAAAAGAGUGAAAUUCCUGGGUAUGUAAAUCCUCUUAAUAAAAUUGUUAAUAAAAAAAGAUUACAAAGUGGUCUUUGUUUAUUGUGAAGGCUCUGAUUUGGGAGUUCUAUAGGACAUAUGCCUGAAAUAUUCUGUUUCUGUUGGCUACUCACAGCUGGAAGGAGAGAAACGACAGAGACCCAAACAGCUUGACCACAAGUUCCUGGAGGCCCCAUUCAAGGCUACCCACAUCCACGAUACUGUGUUUCUCAAGGGCAUUAUGUAAGGAGGAUCACAUGUAAAAACAACAAAAACGGCCCUUUCUACAAAACCACUAUAACUUUUGUUUGCAGAAAAUAGAACUAAUGUACAUGACUAUCUUUUUUACUUUUGUUAUUAAAAAGUCCAAUUGGAGAAUGUU